UCUGUGUCUGAUGACGAAUUUCCCCACGAAUCAUUAUCACUCAAUUCUGCAAGUAGUUCUAAUUUACUAUUGCUGGUCUAAAACCGCUUUUGACCUAAAGGGACGCUUUUUGGACGCCAUGGACAUUUCUCAGUUUCCAGGCAGUAAGAACAGUAAAAAUGCAGGCAGGACACAGGACAAAGCACUCGGGACAAAAUGUAUGUGAAAUGGUUUGAUACAGUAAUGUCAUACUAUGUGAUUUUAGUGAAUUUACAAAAAUGACAUUUUUUUGAAAAUUUCAAAUUUCCCGCCGGUUCCGGCGCCCGUACGUUCCGACGUCACAGGGACCGGAACACGGAAGCCGGAUUCCGGCAUCGGCCGGAGGAGAUGGCCGGGGACGCUGCAGGGGACACA